AUGAACGCUCAGAUUAUGAAUUUGGUGCUUGUUCUUGUAAUCAUACAAGUGGCCCGUAAAUUGGAUCUUGAAAAUCCUGAUAUUAUCACGUAUGUUCGUAUUGGUUACGUCUCGGUGCAGGCUUUAAUAUUGUUACUUUGCUACCUCACCGCCACAAAGAUAAAGACACAAAAUGACACCACCGAAAUCAAGUACGUUGAACCAGCGAAACCUUUUACAAAUGAAGCACCUCAAGUUGUGGAAACGACAUUUCGGGAUUAUGACCUGGGAAAAAUCAUGGAGCUCUUCAAACAAACUUGCACGAGCGUUCUAUUCAUGUUGGUCUUACACCUAUACUUCGGUUUUACCCAGCCUUUAUUUAUCCAAUCAAUUCUACCACUAAAGAGUCUUUAUCAGCACCCUGUUGUUCAAAUCCACUUGCUCGGCAAAAAGGCGGAAGGUGAAUUAAAGAGGCCAUUCAAGAAUCCCUCUCCUUUUGGACUCUUUGAUGCGCAGCAACCCCAAACGGACAAAGCAUCCAUUAAAAAAGCAUCAAAGGCUUCAAAGUCCAAAGAUGAUUAA